GCUGUCCUCCUGGUGCGAAGAGCUCGGCCGCCUGCUGCUGCUCCGACAUCAGAAGAGCCGCCAGAGCGACCCCCCCGGGAAACUCCCCAUGCAGCCCCCCCUCAGCUCCAUGAGCUCCAUGAAACCCACUCUGUCGCACAGUGAUGGGUCGUUCCCCUAUGACUCUGUCCCUUGGCAGCAGAACACCAACCAGCCUCCCGGCUCCCUCUCCGUGGUCACCACGGUUUGGGGAGUGACCAACACAUCCCAGAGCCAGGUACUCGGGAACCCUAUGGCCAAUGCCAACAACCCCAUGAAUCCAGGCGGUAACCCCAUGGCGUCGGGCAUGACCACCAGCAACCCCGGCCUCAACUCCCCACAGUUCACUGGACAGCAGCAGCAGUUCUCGGCCAAGGCGGGCCCGGCACAACCCUACAUCCAGCAGAGCAUGUAUGGCCGGCCCAGCUACCCCGGCAGCGGGGGCUUCGGGGCCAGUUACCCCGGAGGUCCCAAUGCCCCCGCAGGCAUGGGCAUCCCUCCACACACCAGGCCGCCCGCUGACUUUACUCAGCCAGCGGCGGCCGCCGCAGCAGCGGCAGUGGCGGCGGCAGCAGCCACGGCUACAGCCACAGCCACGGCCACUGUGGCAGCCUUGCAGGAGACACAGAACAAGGAGAUAAACCAGUAUGGACCGGUCUGUUCCUCUUUCCAGAUGGGUCCCACCCAGGCGUAUAACAGCCAAUUCAUGAACCAGCCCGGGCCACGGGGGCCUGCCUCCAUGGGGGGCAGCAUGAACCCCGCGAGCAUGGCGGCUGGCAUGACGCCCUCGGGGAUGAGCGGCCCUCCCAUGGGCAUGAACCAGCCCCGGCCGCCUGGCAUCAGCCCCUUUGGCACACACGGGCAGCGGAUGCCCCAGCAGACCUACCCGGGCCCCCGGCCCCAGUCCCUUCCCAUUCAGAGCAUAAAGAGGCCAUACCCGGGAGAGCCCAACUAUGGAAACCAGCAAUAUGGACCAAACAGCCAGUUCCCCACCCAGCCAGGCCAGUACCCCACCCCCAACCCUCCAAGGCCACUCACCUCUCCCAACUACCCAGGGCAGAGGAUGCCCAGCCAGCCGAGCACCGGGCAGUACCCGCCCCCAACGGUCAACAUGGGGCAGUAUUACAAGCCAGAACAGUUUAAUGGACAAAAUAACACCUUCUCGGGAAGCAGCUACAGCAACUACAGCCAAGGGAAUGUCAACAGGCCUCCCAGGCCAGUUCCUGUAGCAAAUUACCCCCACUCGCCUGUUCCAGGGAACCCCACACCCCCCAUGACCCCCGGAAGCAGCAUCCCUCCCUACCUGUCCCCCAGCCAAGACGUCAAACCACCCUUCCCACCUGACAUCAAGCCAAAUAUGAGCGCUCUGCCACCGCCCCCAGCCAACCACAAUGACGAGCUGCGGCUCACGUUCCCUGUGCGGGAUGGUGUGGUGCUGGAGCCCUUCCGCCUGGAGCACAACCUGGCAGUCAGCAACCACGUGUUCCAUCUGCGGCCCACAGUUCACCAGACGCUGAUGUGGAGGUCUGACCUGGAGCUGCAGUUCAAGUGCUACCACCACGAAGACCGGCAGAUGAACACCAACUGGCCGGCCUCGGUGCAGGUCAGCGUGAACGCCACGCCCCUCACCAUCGAGCGCGGUGACAACAAGACCUCCCACAAGCCCCUGCACCUCAAGCACGUGUGCCAGCCGGGCCGCAACACCAUCCAGAUCACCGUCACGGCCUGCUGCUGCUCCCACCUCUUCGUGCUGCAGCUGGUGCACCGGCCCUCCGUCCGCUCCGUGCUGCAAGGCCUCCUCAAGAAGCGCCUUCUGCCUGCGGAGCACUGUAUCACAAAAAUCAAGCGGAAUUUCAGCAGCGUGGCUGCCUCGUCGGGCAACACGACCCUCAAUGGGGAGGACGGCGUGGAGCAGACGGCCAUCAAGGUGUCUCUGAAGUGCCCCAUCACAUUCCGGCGCAUCCAGCUGCCCGCUCGAGGCCACGACUGCAAGCACGUCCAGUGCUUUGACCUGGAGUCGUACUUGCAGCUGAAUUGCGAGAGAGGGACCUGGAGGUGUCCUGUGUGCAAUAAAACCGCUCUGCUGGAGGGCCUGGAGGUGGAUCAGUACAUGUGGGGGAUCCUGAAUGCCAUCCAACACUCUGAGUUUGAAGAGGUCACCAUCGACCCCACGUGCAGCUGGCGGCCGGUGCCCAUCAAGUCAGACCUGCACAUCAAGGAUGACCCUGACGGCAUCCCCUCCAAACGGUUCAAGACCAUGAGUCCCAGCCAGAUGAUCAUGCCCAACGUCAUGGAGAUGAUCGCAGCCCUGGGCCCCGGCCCGUCCCCAUACCCACUCCCACCCCCACCCGGGGGCAACAACUCCAAUGACUACAGCAGCCAAGGCAACAGCUACCAAGGCCAUGGCAAUUUUGACUUCCCCCAUGGGAAUCCUGGUGGGACAUCCAUGAACGACUUCAUGCACGGGCCCCCCCAGCUCUCCCACCCCCCGGACAUGCCCAACAACAUGGCCGCCCUUGAGAAACCCCUCAGCCACCCCAUGCAGGAAACUCUCCUUCCAGAACUCACAAAUCCUGAUGAGCUCCUCUCCUACCUGGACCCCCCCGACCUGCCGAGCAAUAGUAACGAUGACCUCCUGUCUCUCUUUGAGAACAACUGAAGCCCACCCCGUCGGGGGCUCCCCCCACACUCUGCCUCCUCCCCCCGCCCCACACACUUUUCCACCUAGGAGCCCGUGCCCUCAGACCUCCCCUCGCCCGGAGCCACAGGCUGAGGGGCGGGGAGCCCUCUCCUGCCGCAGCCCUCAUCACAGAGGGGCGAGGAGGGCACGCCAGGAAGGCCGUGGGUCUGGAGCCUGUGUCCUGCCUGCACACCCUGGGCUCGGGCCCAGGCCCGGCGCAGGCCCCGAAGAUGAUCCUCCUGAGGGAACCGGUCAAGUAAGAGGGCACACGCUGGCGCGGCUUCCCGGUCCCUCCAUGUGUGCUGGUUCCAGAUGACCUUCCAGUGCCCCCAAGGUUCUUCCAUUUUCUCAACUGUGACUCUGCCUCCUGGCCCAGAGCCUCCUUCGAGUGACUGUGGAGCCUGAGAGAAGGCCCCCCCAAGACCCAGGGUGGGUCCAAAACCUUAGAAGAGCAGUGACGGUUGGUAGCAGUGAGACUGGCCUGCCCACCACCACCCACCACAGAAAAGCACAAGCCUCCGGGAAAGAACAUCUCUCAGGGGCCAAGUUUGACCCCUGACCUCUAAGCCAAGAUACCCUGUAAACAUGCUCUCUCGGAAAGCAGAGAAAAAGGACAGGAUUCUGUGUUCACGAGAGGGUAUGCCAUUCCUGCUUGGGGACUGGUGGGAAAGGAGGCCAGGACCUCCCCAGAGCCAGGACAUCUCGGAUGGCUUCACCACCUUCAGGCUCAGCUCAGCCUUGGGAGACAGUGCACACGUGUGCCCAACCAAAAUGACUGUGCCCUUGGUUGGGGGGCGAGGGGGGGAUGCCGCCAGCUGGAGUCAAACAGGAGCAGCAACUUAAAACUUUGCUCCAAUCCACUCCCUGUUUUUAAACAGCAACAAUUUAAAGCUUCAUGAAGUCACCUGGAGAAAAGGAACGUUGCACUUGGACAGCAAGCAAACCAUUUCUCUCCGCAUUGUUUCCCCUUCCUCCUCCUUCCCCUCGCCCCUCCCGCUCCAAGACUGUUCCCUGGUACACCCUCUUCCCUCUGUGUCCUUGUUCUCUUUGUCCAGCCAGACAGCAAGACAGGCGUAGAAAGGCAGGGUUGGCGCGUGCACAGGAGCCCAGGGCAUCGUGUCUGUUCAGCUUCUCUGCCUAUCUGUCCCUGUGCUGAAGGUUGUCCCCACCUCCAGCCCAGGCCAUCACUGUGUGCACCAGGAUGUACCUGCCGGCAUCACAGGCUGCUUCUGUGGCCGCCUCACAUGCCUCCUGUGGCUGCCAGCUCCCUUCCCCGCUGUACCCUUCUUCCACCGAAGCUUACCCCACACUCCUGCUCAAUCAAGCAGAGGCAGCCCGGCCUUCCCUCCUCUGCACUCCAUCCUGCUCAGUGCUCUCUGAUGUCUCUUGGGGAGCUUGUCCUGCGUCCACUUUGUUUCGGGCUCAUCUGUGCCCCACCCCCCCAAGCCACACGGCCUGGGGCGAUGCCGGGUUGUCCCGUCACUUGGGUCCCACCUGUAAAUUCUUUGCCCCCUUCCUUGCCACUGCCCGGGCCCUUUCAUGCACUUCCGUCCGCUGUGGGUGUUUUCUGGCUCCCGCUGUGUGGUGGGUGGUCCCAGCGCUUCUUGUGGAUUUUACCGAAAAGGUGGCCCCACCUGUCGACUUCCAGUCACUGUCCCACAUGGCACAAGGUUUUCUGCAGGAGACCUGCCAUUGCCCCUGCCCCUGCCCCUUUUUUCCUUUGUCCUGUCAUCGAGGUUUUUUCAAACAGCGUGUUGUUCAGUAUGCAAAUCAAUUAUUUUAAGAAUCGCUUUUGUAAAUAUCUUUGUGAAUAUUUUAGUAUCGUCUUUGAUAAUAUUCAACAUUUUCACAACCUGGUUUUAGCCUUUGCUGGUGUUUUUAAAAUACCUUGACUCAAAGACCGAGUCUUUUUUUUUUUUUUUUUUUAAACUACGAAAACAAAACAACCAGGGCUAUUUGUACAGAUGAAGGGACAGCAAAAGAGGUGGCUGCACUGGGAAUCAGAAGACUAGGGAACCUCUGCUUAGUGCCAGCCUCCAAGACAACGCCAGGUAGCAUGUGGCCACCCUUGCCCAGUGCCAGUGACCCGGCAGGUGACUCUGCUUAGUUGGACCGUCUGGGGACUGCAGCUCCUGACAGACUUAAAGAUGCCUUCCUUGGGAGUCCCUGCUUUCUGCCUUGAUUCUUGGCCCCAGAAAGGCCUAGAGUCCAUUCUGGCUCUUUUCAGGGUGUGCCCAGACUCCAUUCGUAGACCUCUCCACGACUUUCUAGUGCAGAGGGUCUAGAUACUCCCUGCAGCCCUGGCUCCAGGCACUUCCCCAACCCUCUCUGGGCUCGGCGCCUGAGGCUGCAUUCCUGGGUUCCCUCCCCAGCAAGCCUCCACCAGCAACUUCGGCAAAGAGCUCUCCUUCAGCUGGCUCUGAGCCACGGUGCCUGAAGCCCAAGCUUUGGGGUCGGACUUUUCAAGAGUGAAUUUGGAGCCAGGCCAGGGUGUGAGUGAGGUACAGAGGCAUCCGGAGUGGGAACAAACCCCAAGUCAUGACAGAAGCAGGUAGAUAGCAUCUGUAAGCAGAGGUGGUCCUGAGCUCUAGAGACUUCCCCUGUCGUUCUGGACAACUACUUGGAGCCAUACGUAACCUCAGCAAAAACACGAGGCCUCAGCAAGCCACUUUUCCAUGACGAGCAUCCACCCAGCCCACAGGCAUGUUUCCACUGCCACUCUGCAAGUCGGACAGGGAGUCCGCGGGCAGCGGAAAGGGCCAAGUACAGGCAAUCACCCCCAUCUUCUUGGUUUGAAGCUUUAUCCAUGUAUCAUGUUCCCUGUAGCCAUUUUAUUUUUUAAGAAACUGCUAAUACUUUCUCCCUGAUGGAAGCCCUGACCACCCACCCCCACUCCCACCCCAUCCCAGAGAGCUACAGGUCUGCUCCCGACGGGCCUCGGGCCUGACCCGUCCAGACAGGGCAGCGUCAGCAGCAGCGACUCAAGGGACGUGUGUACAUAUGUAAAUGAGAAAUAGAGACAUGUCAACAGAUGCAUUCAUUUCUCUCGGAAUGUGUAUUGUUUUUAUCUUACAAAACAAAACAAAAAAAAAGGCUUGGAACUCCCAUCUUACGUGGAAAAACUAGAGAUCCUGUUUGUUAGCGUUUGUGAGUUCUUCACACGUGUCUCACUCAUGUAAUAUACUCUGACCCUGCGUGGAAAGGGAUUUUUGUUCUGUUUUGCUUUUAUUUUACCUACAUGUACUAUUUAGCUUCAGUGUACUAGUCCUACCACCUGUGUAUUUUUAGGGUGCUAUGGAAAUAAUGAAAAGAAACGGGGAUUUCAGAAGAAAAUUGUAACCAAAUUCAUACUUUGUAUAAUUUUUGAUAUCAUGAUCACAGGUGAUUCACACGUACACACAUAAACACACCCACACGUGCAGCCUGAAGUGACUCCCACAGAAACCGUCAUCGUCUUUGUACAUCGUAUGUACAAUGCAAUCAUUUCAUACUUUCAACUGGUCAGAAAACUAAUUGUGAUUUCUAGUCUUGCAAAGCUGUAUGUAGUUAGAUGAUGUGACAACCUCUAAUAUUUAUCUAAUAAAUAUGUAUUCAGAUGAAACCUGUAUAUUAGGUGUUCAUGUGGUUAUUUUGUAUUUAAAGAUCAAAUUAUUUGACUAUUGCUAGACAUUUCUAUACUCUGUUGUAACACUGAGGUAUCUCAUUUGCCCAUGUUAAUUUUUUUCUAAAUAAAUGGACAAAAAC